UCUCCAGGCCUCUUGCUGCCUUCGGCUGCGCUGGAUCUCGGGUUGUCUUAGUCUCCCGUCGUCGCCAUGUCCCAGUUGGUGUCGCCCCCACGGGCUGCCUCGGGCUCCCGAGCACGGCCCGCCACCGUGCUGGGAGCCAUGGAGAUGGGGCGCCGCAUGGACGCGCCCACCAGCGCAGUGGCCGUGCGCGCCUUCCUGGAGCGCGGCCACACCGAGAUAGACACGGCCUUCGUGUACGCCGACGGCCAGUCCGAGCGCAUCCUGGGUGACCUGGGGCUCGGACUGGGCCGCAGCGACUGCAAAGUGAAAAUCGCCACCAAGGCCAAUCCAUUGGAUGCAAACUCUCUGAAGCCUGACAGCCUCCGGUCCCAGCUGGAGACAUCACUGCAGCGGCUGCAGUGCCCCCGAGUGGACCUCUUUUACCUGCACCUGCCAGAUCACGACACCCCCGUGGAAGAGACGCUGCGCGCCUGCCACCAGCUGCACCAGGAGGGCAAGUUUGUGGAGCUUGGCCUCUCCAACUAUGCCGCCUGGGAGGUGGCCGAGAUCUGCACCCUGUGCAAGAGCAACGGCUGGAUCCUGCCCACCGUGUACCAGGGCAUGUACAACGCCAUCACCCGGCAGGUGGAGACAGAGCUCUUCCCCUGCCUCAGGCACUUUGGACUGAGGUUCUACGCCUACAACCCUCUGGCUGGGGGCCUGCUGACCGGCAGGUACAAGUAUGAGGACAAGGACGGGAAACAACCUGUGGGCCGCUUCUUUGGGACCACCUGGGCUGAGAUCUACAGGAAGCGCUUCUGGAAGGAGCAUUACUUCGAGGCUGUUGCCCUGGUGGAGAAGGCCCUGCAGGCUGCGUAUGGCACCAGUGCCCCCAGCAUGACCUCAGCCAGCCUCCGGUGGAUGUACCACCACUCCCAGCUCCAGGGCGCCCACGGGGACGCCGUCAUCCUGGGCAUGUCCAGCAUGGAGCAGCUGGAACAGAACUUGGCGGCUGCUGAGGAAGGGCCCCUGGAGCCGGCCGUCGUGCAGGCCUUUGAUCAGGCCUGGCACCUGGUCGCCCAUGAAUGUCCCAACUACUUCCGCUAGGCCUAGUCCUGACUUGGGGUGGCAGAGGGCACACUCUGUCACCUCUUUUAUUCUCUCACCGUUUUGACCUUAAGCUGUAGCUAGUUCUUUCCUCAUAGUCCCAGUUCACAAACUGCUUAUUUCCUAUGUUCUUGUGAAUACUCUCAGCUGCCUUCAUUAUGUGAAAAGCCCGGGGCUGCAUCUACCUGAGCAUUUCCUGUCUGAAUAAAGAGACACUAACCUGGCUGGAGCCCAGGCCCCAAGCAAA